UAAUACAAUCGUCUGUGGUUUGAGAAAAAGAUAGAACAUAUGCUACUUUGCUGAAAGUGGGGUACCUUCUAGCUAGGGUUUCCAGAAUAUUUGCCUGUUCUUUCUACCACUACCUACAGAUAGCUUUUCUUCUCUUCGAUUUUAACCUGAAAUUUGCUUUAGAAAAAAGAGUACAAACUAAAGGGAAGGCGUUUCUUUCUAAUCUGAGAUGGUGAGGGGAAAGAUUCAAAUGAAGAAAAUUGAGAAUGCUACAAGUCGUCAAGUGACAUUUUCAAAGCGUCGAAAUGGUCUUCUAAAGAAAGCUUACGAGCUAUCAGUUCUUUGUGAUGCUCAAGUAGCUGUGAUAAUCUUCUCACAGAGAGGACGGCUCUUUGAGUUCUCAAGUUCCGACAUGACAAAGAUUUUGGAACGACACCGGAAAUAUAGCAAAGAUGUUCACACCAAUAAGUUAAGAGACGAAUAUAUCCAGCAACUGAAGUUUGAUUCCGCAAGCAUGGCAGAGAAGAUUGAGCAUCUUGAACUUUCUAGAAGGAAGCUGCUGGGACACAACUUGAGUCCUUGUUCUUAUGGUGAACUCCAAGGAAUUGAGGACCAGCUGCUGAGAAGUUUGCAUAGUGUCAGACUGAGAAAGGCUGAACUAUAUAUGGAGCAGAUUGAGCACCUGCAAUCCCUGGAGAGUAACUUGGUCAAAGAGAAUGCCGAAUUGAAUGCAAUGUGGGCGGAAAAGACAUCCCAGCAGCAAUGUGGUAGACACAAACAAGCAGAAGCUGAAGCAGCACCACGCUGUUCAAAUAGCCAGAGUUUAGAUGUGGAGACAGACUUAUUUAUUGGACUGCCAAAGCAGCGUUGA